AUGACGAUGGCUCAGCCGCAGCUGCAGCUGCCCACACCGCAUCCGGCACCAGGCCUGGAUGUCACUAUACCACCGGUCUCGAUAUCUCUACCCAAUGAUGCCAAUGCAAGAUUACGAAGCCGUAUAGCUCUCGAUACCUACUCGUCACCCGUUAAUCAGAAUGGCAGCUUCGAGUUCGACCGCGUCGUGAAGAGCGGCUACCUGCAGAAGCGCACGCAGAAGACAAAGGCCUGGAAGUCAAUCUACCUCGUACUGCGACCCAAUGCGCUCUCCAUUUACCGAACCGACAAGGAGGACAAGCUGCGACAUAAGCUGUACCUAGCCGACCUGACGGCUGUCGCUUUGCUCAAGGACCCCAAGAACAAGAAAAAGAACGUGUUCGGGCUGUUCUCGCCAGCGAGGAACUACCACCUCCAGGCUAGCAGCAGCCACGAUGCCGAGGAAUGGGUCGAGUUGAUUAGGAACCAUGCUCGGAUCGAGGAGGAGCAUGAGGAGCUGCUCCUCGCAAGUCCAACAGGGAGGCGCCAGUCCUACAUGGCGAUUGGCAGCUCUGGCCCAGUCGGAGAGACGAACAAAGCCGAGAGAUUGGCGUCAAGCUCCCCAGAACCGUUUGAACCCCCGGUGCCACGCUUUGUUGGGUCAACACAUCGACGUCCAUCCCAAAUGGCGGAUACCGCUGGUUAUUCCGGCAAUGAGCUCGCGUCACACUCCGACUUUUCCGAUAAUGACAUUCAGCGGAUACAGGGUAUGUCAAUCGAAGACUUGGCGGUACAAUCGCCGGAUGAGGGGUCACAGGGCCGACCAGGCCUGGGCCGCAACACAAGCCAGGUUAGCGGCCUGAACAUCGAGCAGGAUCCGGAUCGCGUCAUCUGGCAGGGCUGGCUCUGGUUUCUCAAGAGCAAAGGCGGCGUGAAACAAUGGAAGAACCUGUGGGGUGUCCUCAGACCACGAAACUUCAUCCUCUACAAGGAUGAGUCCGAGUACACAGCGCAGUUCAUCAGGCCCAUGUCGGCAAUUGUCAACGUGGUUGACAUUGAUCCAGUCAGCAAAACCAAAAAGCAUUGUCUCCAACUCAUCACGGAGGAGAAGAGCUAUCGAUUCUGCGCCCACGACGAAGAGUCGCUGAUACACUGCCUCGGCGCGUUCAAGAGCUUAUUUGCCAAGCGACGAGAGCUCGAAGCGCGGGGAACCGUAGGAGGAAACCAACCCACACCUGCAGCAUGA